AUAUUCUUGUUCCUUCACCCCCUGUAUAUAUAUAUAUAUAUAUAUAUAUAUAGUUAUAACUAUAUAUACGUGAUCUACUACUCUUCUCUGGGUUACACUUACAACAAGGAAUGGGGAGGGCACCCUGCUGUGACAAAGCCAGUGUGAAGAAGGGCCACUGGUCUCCUGAGGAAGACAAGCAGCUGAAGGAGUACAUCGAGAAGCAUGGCACUGGUGGUAACUGGAUUGCUCUCCCUCAUAAAGCUGGUCUGAAUAGGUGCGGGAAGAGUUGCAGACUGAGGUGGCUCAACUAUUUGAGGCCCAACAUCAAGCAUGGAUGCUUCUCUGACGACGAAGACAGGAUCAUCACCAACCUCUACGCCAGCAUCGGCAGCAGGUGGUCCAUCAUAGCCAGCCACCUCCCCGGCAGGACUGACAACGACAUCAAGAACUACUGGAACACCAAGCUUAAGAAGAAGUUCUCGGGGAUCCUUUCGCCGCCGAGGAGGAUUAAGCAGCAGCAUCAUCACGAUCGAAUUCAGCUGCAGCUUCAUCAGCAACAGUUUACUGACUACGCCGCCGCCUGCAGCUUUCCCUACGCCGGUGCCGCAUUGGAUGCUGCUGCUGCUUCUCCUAACGACUCCUUGAUUUUGUCGUUGCAAGGCCUCGAUGCCGCCUUGCCCUUCUCUGCGUUGCUCGGUGGCGGCGGCGGCGGCGGGUCGCAUCUGCAGCAGGCAGCGGAGCAGCAGCAGCAGUCUUGCAAUUUCAUCAAGUUGGGAGGCAACGCCGGAGGCAUCGGCUACAUCGGUAACGCUGCGUACGCCGAUGCCUACCUGCACGAGGCGGAGCACGGCGCUCUGGGCUUCGAGAACUACCUCCACGGCAGCACCGCCGGCGGCGGCUUGGAGCCCGUCGACCUCUCCGGCAGCCGCGACAGCGCCGACGAGCUGGGUUUCAACUUGGAGGAAUACGAAAUGGCUCCGAUGAUCGCGGCGGCGGCGGCCGGCUCCGGCAACCUCUACCUCGACGAGACGAUGCUGGCCGGAUCCUCCAUGUGCUUCUACUGAUCAAGACAUUAAGAUCUCCGUCCUAAUUCACGAGGCCGGCGUGCAUGAGACGACCAGGAUAGGGAAGAAAAUUGUCUACGUGAGCUGGACAUCGCGCAGAGUGGGCCCCUCCUCCUGUUUCCUUUUCCGUCGCGUUCAUAUCGAUUCUGACGAAGUGUUUGGUGGGGGGAGCCGUUUUAGGGCCUUGUGGGUGAUCAUUCGCCGGAAACGAUCAAUCAGUGCUGACAUCACUUCUGGCCAUGAAUAUCGUGACUGCGACCUCCUCCAAUUUAUUCUCUACUCUCUUUAUGAUCAUAAAUGGCUAGCACGUCAGUUUCAUGAACUAUUUAUUAUCUAUCAUGUCCUUUAAAGAAUCCAAUUUUUUC